UGUAUAAAACUAGAUUAUUUUUUUAUUAUAUUGUAUUAAAUUAAAAUUUUAAUUUUGUUAAUUAGUGUAAGUUUAUUAUUAUUGUUAUAAUUUUGUGAGGUGACUGUAGUCUGCUGUUGAAACUUCAGAGUCAAGCGCUUAACAUUUCUAACUGUAAAAUGCAAGAAGAAGAAAACUUAUGGAAUUCCAUGUUGAUCUCCUUAAAAGAAAAAGGCGGGACUAGGUUACCUACAGACAAGUCUAUGAUUAUAAUAGGUGAUAACCAAUGUGGUAAAACUACUCUUGUAGCAAAGUUGCAGGGUAUUGACGAUCUGACAAAGGGAAUUGGACUGGAAUAUGCGUACAUUGAUAUUCGUGAUGAUUAUAAAGAAGAUCAUACGAAAUUGAAUGUAUGGGUACAAGAUGGCAACCCUAAAUACUCGUUUCUAUUAAAAUUUGCUUUGUCUGAGAAGAACUUUAAGAACACGUUAAUUAUGUUUGUUGUUUCUAUGAAAACACCUUGGAAUAUAAUGGAUCAACUAGAAAGUUGGGCGACAUUACUGCAAGACUAUAUUGACAAUUUACCAAUUCCAAGUGAAGAUCUUCGAGAAUAUAGACAAAAUUGCAUUAAAAAAUGGAACGAAUACAUCGAAGAAAAUGUUGGUGAUAAAAAUGGAUAUUGGGAACCAUCUCUUGGAGAUGGGGUACUUACAAGAAAUUUAGGUUUAAAUAUAAUUGUUGUUGUAACAAUGACUGAUUACAUAAGUUUUUUGGAAAAAGAAAAUGACUACAAAGAUGAACAUUUUGAUUUCAUACAACAAGCAGUACGCAAAUUUUGUCUACAGUAUGGUGCGUCACUAUUUUAUACAUCAGCCAAAGAAGACAAAAACUGUGAUUUAUUAUAUAAAUUCCUUACACAUAAGAUUUAUAACUUUCCAUUUAAAACACCAGCAUUGAUUGUCGAAAAAGACGCAGUUUUCAUACCAGCAGGAUGGGAUAGUAUGAAGAAAAUUAGUAUUCUCUACGAUAACAUGCAGACCAUUAAACCUGAUGAAUUUUAUAACUCUGUUAUAACAAAAGUGAAUACGAGAAAGGCUUUUGCUAAAGACCACGAAAUCCAAGCAGAAGAUGAACAAGUAUUUUUGAACAAACAAUUAGGUUUACUAAACCAGAGUGCAAGCCAACAGUCAGCUAUUGGUAUACCAAGGCAAGACUCUGUAAUGAGAUCAUUGACAGGUGUUUCUAAGUCAGGUGAUAGACGUCUAUCGUUAACCAGUCAAGGGCAAGGUUCUCCAACAAAAAAGAUUGAUCCAGUAAAAUCCAGUAACACAUCAACCCCAGGUGAAGGAGUGUUGGCUAACUUUUUCAAUUCCUUAUUGCAUAAAAAGUCAAAUCAAAGCCCUGUUUUGACCAAAACUACAGGUGAGUUGUCUGGUUCAAAAUCUUUAUCCAUGGAAAAAUCUGAAUACCAUACAGACACAGCAGCUGAACUUGACAGAUUGGCUAAACGAACAUUAAACUUAUCACAUGAAUCAUCUACUGAAACUAACUCGUCUGAAAAUGGAAUUGAAGAACAAAUCUCUACUACUUUUGGUGAAAAAUCAUCGUCAGAAUGUUAAUUCAGGGUCGAUAAAUUAUUUUUCCUAUUUUUGUGAUAAUCUAAUAAUCAUUAAUAUUUUGUGCAAUUUUAUUUAUUUAUUUUUUAGCUUAGAGUGAACAUACAAAAUAUUUAUUUAUUUAUUUAUUUUUAUAUUAAACCUUUAACUAUUAUUUUAUCAUUUUAACUUUAAUCAUACUUUUGCACGGUAUACAUUUGCAAGGCAAGUUAAAAAAAUAAAGUUAAGUUACUUAACAAGUUACUUUUUUUAAGUCACUUAAAAAGUUAAAAACUUUUAUUAGUUUAAAAAUAAAAAAGGUAACUUUUAACUUUAAAUUUAACAUAUAUUUUUCUAUAUUAACUGAACUUAACGAGUCAUAAAAAAAAAAAAAAACUUGCCUAGUCGUGAGCAUUUGUAUAUCAAAAGAGUCUAUAAUUCUUUUAUAACUUAAGCCAAACUUAGAUAAAUGAGUUGUUAUCAUACACAGCAUCCCUAGGAUAUGAAAUGGUAAGGUGCAAUAUUAAAACUGAAUUUUUAUUUUUAUUCUUCCAUUUAUUUAUAAAUCUCAAAAUUCUUAAAAUUAUUAUACCUUUAUUUUAUAUUUAGUUUGUUUAAAAUUGAAGUAUAUGGUUUAUUCAUAUAAUAAAACUAAAAAUCAUUGAAAUAUUUAAAGCAAAUAGUAUCUUCUUCAAUGUGUUGACGGUUAUGUGGUAAUAAUUUUUAAGCAAACAAUUCAAUUAAAAAUAGUUACACAAAAAUAAAUUGCCCUAUCACAACAUUUUCUAAGUUGGAUUUUGUGUAUUUUGUAUAAUCUAUCCUCAAUGUAAUAUGUGCAUGUACUGUAAGUUAAUCAUAAUAUUUGAAAUAUAUAACGCAUGCUCCUUGACUAAAGCUUUCAAUUUUAACUAGCAACUUUAUGUUUGUAUACUUUUAUAGUUUUAUACAAUUUUUAUUUUUUUUCAUUUUUUAGUAUUAUAUUAUAUUUUUGUUAUCGUGGUUAA